GGCGCGGUAACGUUCGGUUUUAUGUAUGAACUUGUUGUGUGUAUAUUAUAGUUGUGUGAUAUAUCCAUCGACAAUGAGCUUUUCACUUUUCACGAAUGGAAUUUCCUUUCAUUUUACUAACUUUUGAUAAAGCGACGUUGAUAACAUUUUGUCGAUUUUUGAGAAAAAAGAGGAAAAGGAUUUUUUGGUGAUCAAAAAUAAUGUCAACAUUUAUCUCACGUUUAUUGUGCACGUUUUACGAAAGGAGGAGCGUUAUAUCAUCAUAAAAACGACGCCAGACUACACUACAACGGAUAGCCUGCUAUAGGCAACAAGUUCACCAGCAAAAUAACACGACAUCUCGUCAGCCGAGACAACGAGUGUGAUUGAUGUGGCGAACAUAAAACUUUUGGAUUAUUCAAACGUCGAAUUAUGUGACUGUGAAAGAUGUGUACAUAAUGGGAAUUAUGGUUAAUUGAUGUGCUAUCCGAGGGUCUUAGUCCCUUCUUUUCCGUUGACAAGUGUUAAUUGAUACAAUUAAUUAUGCACAAAAAUUGAUGUGACUUGAAGAAGGGAUGAGCUGAAAGUAGAAAAUGUGAUUGUGCCAAAAAAAAAAAAGAAAAUUUAAAGUGAAAACGGAUCAAACGAAGAAAAAAACGACAAAAUGAAUACGACGAACGUACCACCGCCGGUUGGUCCGGUUCAGCGGAAACGAUCGGAAAAGCAGCGACGAUUGGGACCAGCACCGAUAGCAUCGUUUGAAAUGUCUUUUGAUGAUUCAACGAACAAUGAGGUUAGAUCCAAAAUGGACACGGGCAAUGUGCCUGAAAAUCGGUUACCCGAUAUACGAGAAAGCGAAACACCCAUCACAGUGAAACCAUCUGCGGUAACGAACAACAAUCUGAACAACAUGUCAACGGGACCUACUAAUUUAGGAGUUCAUGCACCCCGUAUUGACAUUAGUAGAGCGUCAAGCUCAUCACAGCAGGAAGACAGUCGAGAAAGCAGUCCAGAGAAUGUAUUUGAACAAGUCGGAACGGGAACUCUUCAGGAAUCAACAAAAGCUGGUCUUGGAUUCCAUGAAGAUGGCACAAUGGACCUGCGCAGUUCAACGGAGGAAUUGUACUUUUUGGAAGGAGACAAAGAGAAAGCGGUGGAAAGCUCGGACAAAUUUACGCAACAGGUGCGUCGAUCGCCGAUUAUGUUCAAAUUCGAUGAGCACCAAACAUGUUUGCAGCAAAACCAACGAAAAGAUUCGGCUAGCUCAGAAGUUGCAGCGUUGCUGUGCAUAUCUGGACGAACUAGUAGAAUAUCUAGCGUUGGUAGUCAAGGAUCGGCUGUCAGCCGAUUAUCAGCUAUGUCUGGCGUAUCGCGAUCUCCAUCGCCACACAAAAUGAUUUUGGAGACUUCGUUUUGCGGACCAAAACCAUUAGAUAAUAUUGUUUCCGGCGGCCUAGUAUCUAGUUCCGAUCCACCAACUGUAGAAAUAUUAGAACAAGUUUUAUUAGCUAGAAAACAUGAUCCGACUCAAGCCAUUUUGGCUGAGGGUGUCAAAAUCGACACGUCAACUCCUAAGAAACAGAAGACUACUGCCAAGCCCGUUGGUAAUGGGAAUGUUACGGAUCGCCCUGUUGUCAAUGUGGAAAAGCUGACAAAACCAAUCCCAUCAGUUGCAUCAACAAGAAUUGCUGGCAAAGGUGGUGGUGUUUUGAAGGCGUCUUCUAAGCCAAUAGUUGGGAAAACGACAUCUGGCGUAGAAUAUAUUCGAAUCAAACUGAAACCUGAUCACCUGUACGCCGACAAGGGAUUGGGAGAAAAUGAAAAAGUGCUCGAAGAUACUGCGGAUGCGGUGAAAAAGCCAGCUAGCCUAAGUCUUGGUAAAGAUACACCGUCGAAGAAAGCAGCACCACAUUUCUCGCAGCUAGUUAAAAGUGACGAUGCAAUUACGAAGCAUCCGGAACAGGUUCCUCCGAGUCCUAAAACUGUCCGUCACAUAGCUCUGCGUGACAGUCGCUCACCUUCACCAGCGACGGUAGCUGUGUCCAGGAAAAGUAGUUUCUGUUCGUUAUUUAAGUCAAAAGAAGUGGCUGCGAGUCCGGAAUCUCCGAUCGUCAUCAAUCAACGGAAGAAAAGCGGAAUAUCUUUGCUCAGUGAACUCACCGAUAGCCCGAAAAGUCGAGACCGGUCGCGUAGUAAAAGCCGUGAGAGUGAUCGCGACGUUUCUCAGAAUAAUACGCCGAGUAAACAGAAGUCGGUGCUGGCUAUAUUCAAACCGAAGCGUAGCGGCUCCAAAUCAAAGUCCUCUUCACCCAUUGAUCCCGAAGCAAUGGCUACACUAGACUCAGCUGAUUUUAAAUACAUCGCUGAUCCAACGCCAGCAUCCACAGAAUCUAGACCGAGAUCACGUCUUCGAUAUUACGAUUCACCUUUAGAUGGGAAAACCAUACAUAUUCCGUUGCACACUCCACCCGACGAAAAGGACAACAACAUUUGCACGGUGAAUGUGAUUAAAGAGCGGAGACAACAAAACGAACAAAACAAUGCUGCCAAACAACCUCAACAACAACCACAACUCGAAGAAGAAGCACCACCGAAGGAAUUGAUUACGAAACAAAAACCCAAACCACCGACUGAAAAGGUGUAUCGAAUUGAAAACGCCGAUGGAAGCAUUUGGAUACCACUAAAGUCACCUACGGACGACCACAGUAAAACCGAUGAGGAUAGUAUGUGGAGUGUCGAGGCUAAUCGAAAUAGUUCCGUUGGAAGCGAAGGUACGGUUGUAUCGUCUAGAGCACCAUCAAACGCAAGCACAGAAGUGACGUAUUCGAAUCAAAGAAAAUUAUCGAAAACUAGUCUUAAGGACACUGAAACCCUGCCGUCGAAUGAUGGCGCACCAAUAACACCCAACACAUCGAUUGCCUCAAUAUCACCUCCCGUCCCGAGUUCAUUCGUAACACCAGCAUCUGUACAAACACAUACUACAACCACUGCUGCAACAACUGUUCCUGCUACAUCCGUUGCUACCACAACAACUACAACGGCAAAGGAAAAACGACGAAUUCUGUUCUGUACAAAAAUUGGAUCAGGCAGCCAAGAGCAAAUAUUUGCCACACAGCUAAGCUUAUCCAAAACCGAGAGCUUAUGCAGUCAGCUCUCCGAACAAGCGUCGAUUUUGGAAAGUCCUGUCGAAGCCAAAGAAAUGACAGUGGUAGAUGAAGCUGUGGCGAGUCCCGUAACUAUGCGCAAUAAAGACUCAUUCGAUAAAAGCACCAUGCUCAAUGACGCAAAAGUUGAUUCGAAAGAAAAAUUCGAUAAAUCGAAUCGCCAUUCCAAGUACAUUGACAAUAUUGACGAGAUCAUGGCCGUUCAGAAGCAACUGGAAGAGGAGCGAAUGGAAUCGAUGCGACGGGAAAUGCAUAGGAGAUCAGUAGAAGAGAAAAAAGUACCGAGCACAACUCGCAAGCCAGACCCUGUUCUACAGAUUCCUGGACCACCGCAAGAUUCACACUCAUUGUCAGCAGAAGAACGGUGUGGAUCGUCAGAAAGUGAACUUGAUUCGGAAUUGACGGCAAAACAUGUGUGCAAUGCAGUGGGAAGCAUAGAGGAGGAAAGUGCAAGAUUAGUGGAACAAGGGUCAUUCGAUGAACUUCCGUAUGUUCCAACUACAUUACCAGAAGAGCGACCAGUUGGUAUUGCGAUAGUUCCAGUAAAAGAGAGAUCGCUGAUGGAUGUAAAGACCUGUCCGGUAGAGAGACCGCGUUCAACGACACCAUUAAAUCCAUGUCAUUUAGAAGAGUAUUGCGGAACUUUACCACCGACAGAGGAUCCGGACGGCGGAAUAGUUCGUGGUGAAAAGCUUCGAAUUAGUUUGCCGCGCAAAGAAGCCAAAGAGAAGGCAACCAAGUCGCCUAGACGAAUAUCGAAUACGAGCGGAAAAAGUUGGUUCGAAUUUGCCGAACAAGGAAUCGGCGGCACUGGAUCCGAUCGACGCAAUUCGAAUCCCGACGAAGAUCCUCCACCAUUGCCACCGCGAAAGCCACAAAAUGUGUCCCAAUGGAUCAAUUUCGAAAACAUUCCCGAGAAGCGAAAGCAACCGAAACGAAUAACCACGUUGCCGAAUAAGGAGUCAUCGUACGACAAAAAUGCACCGCAUCAAAUCCAGUACAAUUAUGUCAAUCCGGAGGAGUGUCAAUGCGAGUGUCACGAAAUCGAACGGGAUGGCGGUGGUAAAGUGGAAGGGAAUAAGAAAAACGAAGAGUCGGAGAAUGAAGACACUUUACCGCUGUUGGAAGGAGAGGGCAGCGAUGGUGCUAAUCGAGCUAGUGCAAGUGACGGUUCAUUGGAAUCACCACACGAACAGCAAUCGGAACAUGUUAGUCGAUCGAGAACUCGCGAUAUGGAUGACUUUCACGGGGAAUCGUCAUCCGGUCAUAGACGGGAUUAUCACUCGUCGGCUGAUUCUGCCUCAACUUCGUCUAAAAGAACCAAUUUUCAUAAAAAACAUUAACUCUCACCGGAAAACGACACAUUGCCCAGCAAUAAAACUCAUUCCGCACUCAUCGUCAUCACUCCGCAUCAAUUCGAAGUAAAUUUAUAGUAAAAAUGAAAGUAAAAUCAAAUUAGUGGCUGAGCGGCAAUGAGCUUACCCACAGUUUAAAUAGUUAAAUGAAAUUCAGUAAAAAUUUAUCAUUAAAAAACCUAAAAAAAUGUGAAUUUAUUAAAAAUUUGAAUUGAAAAAGCAAUCAGAUCCAAAGAAAAUUGUUCGUCUAAAUCUAGUUUUGUAAUUAAAUUAAAACAAACAAAAUGAAAUCGAAGCCUCAAAACAAUAUUGCUCUAUGUGUGUGUGUAACGCUCGUUUUAGUGACCGGAAUUGUGGUUGUAAAAGUGUACGACAAUUAACCCAUUUCCAUUGAGUAAAAUUUCUCAAAUUUUUAUUUAGACUUCGCGUUCGACUCGGUCACUACUUUCCCACUCGUCAAAAUAAAAACUUUAGAAAUUUUGCACAAUAUCUUACAUUGAUUUAAUGAUUAGUUAGAAUAAUGCCUGGUAUUCGUCUUCUUCCGAAUUUUCCGAUAUUUUUACGUUCCACCAGCAACAGGGAUUAUUUCCUUAUGAGAAAUCUACACAUGGCUAAAUUGUUGCCUACAUUUCGGGGCAAAAUUAUUAUUAUUUUGAUGAUAUUUUUGGACUCAGACUCAGACUCAGAAUUAGUCUUAUUCAAAUAUAUAAAAAAAAUCCUUUAGAGCAAUGAACCCUUUGCAAUUUUGUAGCCUAAAUUCAGG